AUGUCAAGAUACCAAACCUUUGUUUUUCUCAUCAUUUUCCAUUUGAUUCACCAUUCAUCAUUUGGUUGUUUGGAACAAGAGAAACAAUCACUUAUUGAACUCAAAGGAAGUUUUAAUGAUCCAUCAUUAAGAUUUUCCUCUUGGGAAGGAAAUGAUUGUUGCAAAUGGAAAGGAAUUAGUUGCAGCAACAUUACCAACCAUGUUGUCAAAAUUGAUCUUAGGAAUCCAUGCUACCCUAAAAAAGGAGAAGAUUAUCAACAAAACUGUUCCUUCUCAAAAUAUAAGCUUGAAUCUCAAUAUAUUCACCCUUCUCUUUCAAAGUUCAAAUAUCUUACCUAUUUGGACCUUAGUGGAAACAAUUUUAAUUCAAGUCCAAUACCAACUUGGUUCAAUUCUAUUAACCAGCUACAAUAUCUUUCUAUCUCUGAUUCUCAUUUUAGUGGCAUGAUCCCAAAUGAUCUAGGAAAUCUUACAAAAUUGUACUUUCUUGAUCUCAGCUUCAAUUCUUGGUUACAUUCUGAUGAUAUCUAUUGGGUUUCAAAACUUUCAUUGCUUCAAAAUCUUUACAUGAGUGAUGUUUUUCUUGGUAAGGUACAAAAUUUAUUCAUGGUACUUAACAUGCUUCCUUCUUUGUUUCAAUUAGAUUUGAUGAACUGCAGCGUAAUUACCAAAAUGCGCAGCGAUAAUCAAAUUGUUAGUUACACAAAUUUUUCUAGCAUCGAGUCUCUAAAUCUUGCAGAUAAUAAAUUUGAUGUCUCGGAUUUGAAUGAUUUAAGACACAUGAGUAGUUCAGUUGAAUUUAUUGACCUUACUAAUAACAGUCUCAGUUCAGUUCCAUUUUGGUUGAGUAAUUGUGCCAAACUUGGUUCUCUUUUUCUUGGAAACAAUGUCCUUAAUGGCUCAAUUCCACUCCCUCUUCAAAAUUUGACUUCAUUGAUAGAGCUUGAUCUUUCCCAAAAUAACAUUGAAUCUGUUCCAUUGUGGUUUGGUGGGUUACAUAGUCUUCAGUAUCUGAAUCUAUCAUUGAAUCAUGUAAACUCUAUUGAGGACUCUUUACCAACAUUUCUAGGAAAUAUGUGUAAUCUUAUAUCACUAGAUUUGUCUGGAAACAGAAUUCAAGGAGGCGCACUCGUCGGCAAUUUGAAUUUGCAGUCUAACUGCAUUGAAUUUGGUUUAGAGGAACUUCAUUUGAGCAACAAUAAUUUCAAUGAUCAGCUGCCAGAAUGGUUAGGACAACUUCAAAAUAUGUUAAUUCUCGGACUUCAUUCAGGUUUUUUCCAUGGUCCUAUUCCACAUAUUUUUGGAAAAUUGUUAAACUUGCAAUAUUUAAUCCUUUCCAACAAUCACUUGAAUGGAUCUAUUCCAAAUUCUCUGGGAAAAUUGGCAAACUUAAGCUUCUUAAACAUUUCUAAUAACCACUUGAUAGGAAAUUUUCCUUGUAGUAUAACAUCACUUGUCAAUAUACAGUAUUUAAUUCUGAACAAUAAUAAUUUGACUGGGUCUCUUCCUAAUUGUAUUGGACAAUUUGUCAAUCUAAACACCUUGAUUAUUUCUUCUAAUCGUUUUUAUGGUGUAAUUCCUAUGAGUAUUGAGCAAUUAGUUAGCCUAGAAAACCUUGAUGUGUCAGAAAACUUUUUGAAUGGUACAAUCCCACAGAAUAUUGGUCAACUUUCAAAUCUGCAUACCUUUUAUCUUAGUAAAAACAAUUUGCAAGGGAAAUUUCCUCAAAGUUUUGGUAAACUUAAGAACCUGCAAAAUCUAGACUUGUCUCAUCUCAACCAUUUAGAAGGCAUGUUUUCUGAGAUAAAAUUUCCUAAGUCACUAGCCUAUGUGAACCUCACCAAUAACCAUAUCACUGGAUCACUUCCUCAAAAUAUUGCUCAAACAUUUCCCAAUCUCACUCACUUGCUUCUUGGAAACAACCUCAUAAAUGAUUCCAUUCCAUAUUCAUUGUGCAAAAUAAACUCUUUGUACCAAAUUGACCUUUCAAGCAACAAUUUAGUUGGCAACAUUCCUGAUUGUUGGAGUUCAACUCAAAGAUUGAAUGAGAUGACCCUAUCAUCUAACAAACUAUCCGGAGUUAUUCCAAGCUCGUUUGGUAAUCUUUCGACUUUGGUUUGGUUGCAUUUGAAUAACAAUAGUCUUCGAGGGGAGUUUCCGUUAUUCUUGAGGAAUUUAAAGCAAUUGUUAAUCUUAGAUAUCGGUGAGAACAAAAUGUCAGGGACUAUACCUUCAUGGAUAGGGGACAUUUUCUCCUUAAUCCAAAUUCUCAGGGUACAUUCCUACAACUUUGCAAACUUAGAUAGGUUCCAAGGGUACAUUCCGUUACAACUUUGCAAACUUUCAGCUUUGCAAAUCUUGGACCUUUCCAACAACAUGUUGAUAGGUUCCAUCCCUCCCUGCAUUGGGAAUCUUACAGCAAUGAUUCAAGGAAACAAACCAUUAGUUUCCUUAGCUCCCGGAGGGCUGAGGUAUAUGGAAUGGUAUGAACAAGAUGUGAGUCAGAUCAUUAAAGGAAGAGAAGAUCAUUAUACGAGAAAUCUGAAACUUGUGGCCAAUGUGGAUUUAUCAAGCAACAAUUUGAGUGGAUCUAUUCCUAAAGGAAUAACUCUUCUUACGGCUCUACAAGGUCUAAACCUGUCGCACAAUCAUUUGUCCGGUGAAAUUCCUACAACCAUAGGGAACAUGAAGUCGCUUGAAUCUUUAGACCUCUCUCAUGAUCAACUUUCAAGCUCAAUUCCUCACACCAUGUCUAGUUUAACUUUUCUAAGUGCACUAAACCUGUCCUACAACAACCUUUCAGGACCAAUUCCACAAGGAAACCAAUUUUCAACACUUAAUGAUCCAUUUAUUUAUGUUGGCAACAAAUUUCUUUGUGGUGCGCCAUUGUCCAAUAAGUGUGAUCCUGGUGAAAAUGAUAUGGAUGAAGAUGAAAAAGAGGACAAGGCUGAGAAAUUGUGGUUUUACUUUGUGGUAGCAAUUGGUUUUGGUACUGGCUUUUGGGUUGUAGUUGGAGUUUUGUUGUUUAAGAAGUGUUGGAGGAAGGCUUACUUUAAAUGCAUUGAUGAGACAGUACACAAGAUAAAAGUCACAUGCAGUAGAGAGUUAGAAAGGUUAAAGAAAACAUGCAUGGGAAACCCUGUUGAUUAGUGAGAGAUGAUUGUGUGCAGGUAGCUUAAUUGCUCAUGUGAUAUAAAAGAAUGUAUCAAUAAAUUUUUCACUAUUUGAAAAAUAAA